CCUGUACUCCGCUACCCACUCGACCAGUCUCGGGGAGGUGAUGAGGAGAUUGAUCUGCCGCUACAUCCACCAGUCCAAGAAACAGUCGCGUCUGGGUAAUGUCAACGAGGACGACCUCUUGGAGAUUAAGCAGGACAUCUCCAGCCUCAGGUUUGAACUUCGGGAGGAUAGGAAACGGGAGGUGGUCAGAACAACAGGUCAUAUGGAUAGCCUACGACGCGAUCUGCAUCACACAUUCAACCGGUUGUCGCCAGUCCCUCCCUGUCCCUCGCCCAUAAAUGGUCUCUCGCCAAAUCACGGGUACCAGACCACAUUUUGUGGGCGUACACUUUACGAGGGGCAGAAUUUACUGACACCUCAUCAGCAAGAUGGGCGGAACUCUGUAAAUUCGUCCAAUGACAUUUACGACUUUGGGAAGUCUUUGACACUAACUUCAGCGGAUCUUGACUGUCUGAAAGCAGAUAUAAUAGCGGGUGUCAGGCAUGAACUUAAACAGACUUUACAACAAAGCAUUGGAGCUUUUGGGAGAAGCAAUAAAAAUACUCAUCAGAAUAUCGCCCCAAUCGCUAUCCCAGACUCUUGCCCGUUGCCUUUGCCUCCGUAUAGUUUAGAUCUAUAUCACACUCAUUUGUAUACACAGUUGUGA